AUGUUAAACAUGUAACCAGGAAAGAAACACUCAAAACUCAUCUGAACACACAUCGAGAGCUUCAGAAGAACUGAAUCUACUGACAACAGAGAAGAUCAUUUAAUAAGAGAGAAGAAUGAAGAUCAUCUUGACUUUCACUCUGCUGAUGAUUCCUGAGGAAGUGGGCGUCUCCGUCACAUUCAGCACUUCAUGUUAAACAUGUAACCAGGAAAGAAACACUCAAAACUCAUCUGAACACACAUCGAGAGCUUCAGAAGAACUGAAUCUACUGACAACAGAGAAGAUCAUUUAAUAAGAGAGAAGAAUGAAGAUCAUCUUGACUUUCACUCUGCUGAUGAUUCCUGGAGUCGUGAGCUCCAUCAGUGUGACGGGAUAUUCAGGAGGAGGAGUCACGAUCAAAUGCAAAUAUGAUAGAGGAUAUACAGCAUAUGUAAAGUAUUUUUGUAAAGGACAGUGGUCAGAGUGCAUAAACCAAAUCAAGACUGAUGAGAAAGAUAAAUGGGUUCAAUCUGGAAGAUUCUCUCUGUAUGACGACACAAGAUCAGCAGUCUUCACUGUGACCAUCAGAGAUCUGAGAGAACUGGAUUCUGACACGUACUGGUGUGGAACUGAAAGAGUUGGAAAAGAUUUAUACACUGAAGUGAAUCUGAAGGUUAUAAGAGAUCAACAACAAAUCAGGAGUGUGAGAGGAUAUUCAGGAGGAAACAUCAUUAUAAACUUCAAAUAUGAGAAGCAAGAAGUGAGUCCAUUGAUAAACAUCUGUAAAACUGGAGGUCAAUGUUUUACUGUAAUAAUCACUAACAGAGCAGCAGGAUGGGAACAGGACAGACGAUUAUCCGUUCAGGAUGACAGAUCUGCAGGUCUCUUACGUGUGUUUAUCAGAGAUCUGAAUGAGAACGACUCUGGAGAAUAUAAGAUUACAGUCAAAGUUUCUGAAGAAUACAGUUUCUUCUCUGAGUUUAAUCUGAUCAUCAGAGACGAUGAUUGUUGUGUGAAGAGCAUCAGUCUAUCAGCUGCUGCAGGAGGAUCUGUGAACAUCAGCUGCAAAUACCCACAAUCCCACAUUAGUGAUGUGAAGUUUCUCUGCUGGAGAUCUGGAGCUGAUCUCUGUGCUGAAGAGACGUCUGUGAAGGAGAGCAGAAGAUGGAGUCCUGAUGGAAAGAUCCAGCUGUAUGAUGACAGAGAAGAGCAGCUCCUGACGGGAAGCAUCAGUCAUGUGACUGAACAACAUUCAGAAUACUGGUGUGGAGUUCAGUCUGAUCAAGGACACAAGAGCUUCAUCACACGAGUCCUGAUCCAUGUUACAGGAUUUCCAGAAACUACAUCAUCAUCUUCAUCAUCAUCAUCAUCAUCAUCAUCAUCAUCUUCAUCAUCAUCAGUUGAAUCUCAACAUCAGAGAAUGUGUAUAAAGUGAUUGAUUUAUCUGGUCAGACAGAUGUGCAGUAAACAGAGUUCAAGAUUAACAUUGAGCACCAAAUACUGUCUAAACAGAUGUUCUUGUAACAUUUAAUGAAGUUUUUUAUUAUUUUUAGUUUUUGCUUGCUGCAGUUGCUCACUUGUGGAUUUAAAACAGUAAUUUGUGAUUUUUUGUAAAGCUGCUUUGAAGCAAUAUUAAAUGUAAAAAGUAAUAUAAAAAUAAAGUGA